AUGCUUGAUUUCCAAUUGCAUGAUGAUCUAUUCCCACAAUUGCAUUCACACCGUCAACAACACUUGACAAACUCAGAUCAUAACAAUAAUUCAAACGGAUUCAACGGAGAUCACCAACACCAACACCACCAUCAUCAUCAUCGUCGUUCUCAGCAUCAAUCGUCGCAUUCACCAAGAGCAUCAAGUCAUGGAAUCAGUUACUCUCGAUUGUUGCUAUCUGAUAUAUUGAAUUACGAUAUUCAAGCAGCAGUUGAACAAGAUCAUCAACAAACUAAGGCGAAGUACUUGCAUCAGAAUUCAUUUAAUCGAGGUUCAUCGAAUGAAGAUCCUCAACAACUGCUACCACUACCAGCACCAGCACCACCAGCACCACCAGCACCCUCAUCACGACCAGCAUCGGUGUUUGCCAAACACAAACGCAAUGAUUUUCUUGUUGAUUAUGAUGGUGAUGACCUUGAUUUGGUCGAUUUCGUCAGUAAUGAACUCAGAAUCACUAGUCCUACCGAGUCAAAUACCAACUUAGUCUCGGAGCGGUCAUUUUUGACUGAUACUUCACAUUUAGCUCACGAUGAAUUGUUGCAAAUAUUCCAAGAUCAUGUUGAAUGUGAAAACAACGGCAAUUCAUUUAAACCAACAACCCCAAUUGAUGAUAAUGACUACUAUGACGACUAUGAGCCUGGGUUUGACGCAACUUCAUCAAACACAAUAUCACCUGAAUCUUGCAUGAAUGGGUAUAUGAAGUUUAUAAUCGAUUCAUCUCAAGCACCAACAACUACAUUUGACUUCAAUCAAGUUGCAAAUGGUUCUGGCUCCAAUUCAAGCAACUACUCCACUGUGGAGAAUGAUUUACUUAGCUUGCCCAGUGUCACUAGUCCCAAACAAGACUUAACACAUGAUCAAAUUAUCCGAUUGUUUGAAGAAACAUGCAAGGAGAUUGAUGAAUGGAAACUGAAUUCAGAAUCUGAUUCACUAAGUCGAGUUAGAUUGCAUCCAAUUCGAACAAUCAAUGGGUAUUCAAGUGGGUUCAAUACUAUAACCAAUGGCAAAUUUGAUCGUGGUGUUUAUGAUGGGUUAUCACCAGUUGAUGAGACAUUAAAGGCUAGUCCCGAUUUGAAGGAGACUCCAUUUGGUGAUGCCAAUAGUCAAGUUGCAUCCAAUGAUCAAUCACCACCACCACUUUUCCCCAAUGACUCUUUUGACGAUUAUGAAGAAGAUUACAUCCAUGACGUAUCGAUACCACCAUUUGUAAGGCAAUCUGAUGUUAUCACCAACAACACUACCGCCAUCCUAGCAACUAAAAGAUCAUCUUCAGUCAGUUCAUUGAAAUCUGAUCAAUCGCAUUUGUCAUUUAACCAAGUGCAGCUAAACAUCAGUUCAACUUCAAGUUCACCAUUAGAAAAAUCCAACAACUCAUCCAGUACUUCAACUCCUGGCAAGCAUCGCCGCAAAAAUGGGCUCAAGAACAAGGUGGGUAGUCCCAUAAGGCAAAAGAGUCUUCAAAAAAACAUGUUUAGAUCUAGCUCCAGUGUGCCCAAGAUCGAUUUCAGUCAAAUGCCAAUUGAGUCGACUCCUGAUGUUGAAUAUUCCAAACUGUUGUCAUCCAAAUCCUCCAAAGUGCCCAGUGGUUCCCAUUGUUCUCAAUUGAUCGAAAAAUUGAUUGCCCCACUUUUCAAUACCGUAACCUGUCUGAUUCAACGAACAUUAUACCUCAGAAAUAACCUUGACAAAAUUUUUGCUCAACAAGGUUUAACUGAUUAUGAUAUUUCCUACAAUACCAAUUUCAAAAAGACAUCAUAUGAAGCCCAAUUCAUCUUGACUAAAGUCGAUCAUAAAUUUGGUAAACCAGACAACACUACUCGUGCCGGACUAUGCCCCUAUUGUGAAUCCAUUGAAUUCUUUGGUUUGAAAAACUCCUCCUAUGGCAAUCAUUUGGCUUAUAAACAUGGCAUUCUCACCAAUGGCAAAGUUGUCCCUGAUCCAAAAUACUAUGGCUUGUAUCAAUUCAAAAAGGGCGAAUAUGAUGAACCAGAAAAAAAGAAGCGCAAGACAAAUGCCCAUAUGUUGGAACGUGAAGGGGUCUUGUGUACCGAUUGUUGGCAAAUAUUAGAAGUCAAUUGUACUUCACGAUCAUCAAUCUUGGGCCAUUACCUUCGUCAUUAUCGUGAUUCGCAUGUUGGAUACAAGAAGGAAAAUAAAUUUGAUGGCGAAUCAGAUGAAAACGAGGAUGAAGAGGUGGUUGACCCGUUGGUGUUGGAAUUUAUAUCUCAUUGGGAACAAUAA